AUGACCCAGUCUGUGGGACAGGAAAAUGCAGGGAUGAAAAAAAGCCAGGAGCCCGCGGUGGGGAUGGGCGUCCCCGUGUGGCACUGCGGAGCUGGCGGGAAGUGGCUGAGCAGCCCGGCAGCUGACCAGGCAGGUCCCCUGCACCCCUCCACGUCCUGGCUGCCUUUCUCCCCCAGGUUUGAGGCCAUCCACCACGAGCUGAACAAGGCCACGGCCCAGAACAAGGACCUGCAGUGGGAGAUGGAGCUGCUGCAGUCGGAGCUGACAGAGCUGAGGACUAUGCAGGUGAAAACCGAGAAGGAGUCGGAGAAGUACAAAGAAGAGCGCGAUGCCGUGUACAGCGAGUACAAGCUCAUCAUGAGCGAGCGUGACCAGGUCAUCUCCGAGCUGGACAAGCUGCAGACCGAGGUGGAGCUGGCCGAGUCCAAGCUCAAGAGCAGCACGUGUGAGAAGAAGGCGGCCAGCGAGGGGGUGGAGGCGCUGCGGCAGUCACUCCAGGGACCCCAAAGACAAGGACCAUAAGAAGGGGAUACUGACCACGGUGACAGGAAACCACUUUAGUCCAU